CACCUGUGGAGCUACAUUAGCACCGUUACUUUCAGAUUGUGACCUUUUAAUGUGGAGCAAUGGAAGGCCAGCAGGGACAUUUAAAAGGAGUGACUCAAGCCGAGCGUUUUUUCCUGCGAGCCAAAGUGGCCCAGGCGGUGGGCGUAAUAAAGAGCAAGCCCUCGGGUUUGAGCGGCAGAGAGUACGCCGAGGUGUUGGCCACCAAGCUGAAGAUCCAGGACGAAGGCUGGAAGAAAAAAGCCCAGGAGCUGCAGCAGGAGGUGCUCAGGCUGCGGCAGGAGUUACUGGUGGCCACAGCGACGUCCAUCACAAAGAGCAGCACAGCGGCAGCAGGUCAAGACAACACAAUGGACACCAAUUCACAGGAUCUGUUUGGUCCAGAAAGUGUAGCGUACAGCACAGACCUUCAACCAGACUGCGACUCGGAGACUCCUGAGCUCCUGCUACCGGACCCCGAACCUGCUGUCCCUUCCCCUCAGCUGCAUCUUCCCUCCAGUCCUCACAGGAAAGCCCUGCUUCCUCAUGUGCAGUUCCUCCAGUCGCUGUGCGCCCUCCACCGAGUAGAAGAGAGCAGCAGAGGCCUGGAGUCGCUGUGGUUCCGCCCUGACGGGGGUGCUGGGUUGGUAUUGGUGGACUCUGUGUGCCAGCUCCUGGACUCAGUGGUGGCGGCGUGCAGGGAACCCCCUCUGCUGGGACCUACCGACCUCGUCCUGCAGGCCUGCCAGGUCGCGGCCCGAGCGAUGGACCUCUUCUGCUCCCAGAGGCUGCCGUCUGUGGAGUUCAUGAGACGGGUGGAAAAGUCACUGAGGGAGCUGACUGGGAUGCUGCUGCACUGUAAUCAGCUCAGCGGGCUCCGGGCUGCAGAGAAGCUGAUGGAGUACCUGAUCACGCUGGGGAGCAGCAGCAUGUCAAAGUCCUUUCUCAUUCGUCACAUCCUCUCUCAGAUCAGCACUCUGGCUGAUCAGCUGUGGCAGGCCUUCCAGGUGCGGGAGAGCUUUGGGCUCAUCAAGUUUCCCAUGGACCAGUAUCAGAACUCGUGCUGCUUGUUCUGGAUCCUGGAGGAGCUCCUACAGAAGUCAAAGGUACCGUGCAGGGUGGAGGUAGGGUCGGAGCAGGCCGGCUUCCUGAGCCACUUGGAACGCCGCAUCUUUCUUUUGUCAAAUGAGUUUCCCAUGUUUUCUAUCUCCAUGUGGAGGAUUGGAGGUCUCCUCACCGUCUCGGACAGAUAAAAGCCCCCAGGUGCAAGUUAAAAGCAGGCCACAUUCAGAGGUUUGCUUUCCCAUUUUGUGGCUAGGUGCGACUACAUCAUAUUACCAAAGGACCAUAAUGUUCAAAACUAGUUGAAGAAUAAGUAAAGUGUUUUAUUUCUAUUCUUGUCAACAAAUCUCUCAAAACAACCAAAACCAGCUGUGACUGUACCUGCUUAUAUAUCUGCUUCCUCUGUGCCAGUUCCAUUGUGUCCAAAAACUAUUAAUAACUCAUAAAUGUUCCAUCAUUACCAUGACCACACACACCUUUUUUUAUUUAUACACCAUCCUGCUGCCACAAAUACUCACUACAGCAGUGGUUCCCAUUCCUGUCAUUGAGAAAACUGACUGUAUUUUAUGUAUAUUUCAUAUUAUUCUUCAAUAAUAACAAUAACAGUAGAGGACAGCUGAUAAACUGAACAAUUAACCCAAACAGUGAACACAAGAACUGCAGGAAGUUUGUGUAAAACCAGAGA